UAUAAAAUACCUUGGGGAUGCUCAGUCAGAUCACGGAGGAACCCGAACUUCUCAGGUGUACUGUCUGUCAACAAUCAAGAUGAGGGCCAUUGCAGUCAUCCUUGCUCUUGCAGUCGUUGCUGUCUGCCAGGCUCGCGUCCUGCCCCAGGAGCAGAUCCAGGCCAAAUGGGAGGAGACAGUGGACCGCUUCUGGGAGCAGGUGUCCGAGCUGAGCACCAAGGCUGACUUCAUGGUGGAGAACAUGAAGGCUUCCCAGCUGGGAAGAGAGCUCGACACCCUCAUCACCGACACCAUGGCCGAGCUGACCGUGUACCGCGAGGACCUGAAGACCAAGCUGGGCCCCUACGCCACCGACGCCACCGGCCAGCUGACCCAGGACCUGCAGCUGCUGGGCACCCGUCUGCAGGGCGACAUGACCGAGGCCAAGGAGCGCACCCUCACCUACCUGGAGGAGCUCAAGACCAUGGUGGAGCAGAACGGCAGCGACGUGCAGGGCCGCGUCAGCACCUACACCCGCAAGCUCAAGAAGCGCCUGGACAAGGACACCGAGAUGAUCCGCAACACCGUGGCCACCUACCUGGAGGAGGUGCAGUCCCGCGCCACCCAGAACGCCGACGCCGUGCGCGAGCAGCUGGAGCCCUACGUCAGCCAGGUGCGCGACGGCACCUCCGAGAAGCUGGGCGCCCUGUCCGAGGUGGUCAAGACCCAGACCAUGCAGCUGGGCUCCCAGCUGGAGGCCCAGGCCGGCAGCAUCAAGGAGCAGCUGGAGCAGACCGCCGCCGACCUGCGCACCACCCUCGAGGGCAAGAUCGACGAGCUGAGCGUGCUGGUGGAGCCCUUCGCCGCCAAGCUCCGCGAGCAGGUCCAGGCCGUGAUGGAGAAGAUCAAGGAGGCCAGCCCCCAGUAAGAAGUUAAGAAGGGGUUGACGCCGCCGGACUUCAGAGUAAGAGAGAGGGAGAGAGAGAACUUGAGCACAAAACACUGCUGCUGCCACUACCCACCACCACAAAUGGCAGUCAGGGUUGUUUGGGAGGGUUGAUGUUUUUUGUUUUUUUUUUCCGUUUUUCUUUCCCCUUCUUCAGUAUUGCUUCGGCUGUACGAAUGUUAUGAGAAGAGGGUAGGGAGAAGGCGAGGAACGUGGCUUUUUUUUGGGCUUGCUGAUGUUUUUUACAGGGCAUUUGCUGUCAUGUCUUAAACUGUUUUAACGACUAUAUGGCUCCAGCUGUUUCAGUAUUAUUAAUCUUCUGUCCCAGCACCACAAGUGCACAAGAUCCUUUUGUUUUUUUUUACUUUCUAACCCACAAAAAGAGGCAUUGUUUUACACCUGUGCUUGUGUGUGUGUAUGUGUGUGUGUGUGUCCACUCUCUACUUAAGGAGUUGCUUAUUUCACCAGUUUUUGGUCUGUUUUGGUCUGUUAAGUGUCAUCGGGUUUGCCCUUAUAGGGCGAUGAGAGGGCAUAGAAAUGAGUUUGCAACAUCCAACAUUUCAAUGCCAGCCUAUACCUCCAGAAGAGACAUUUAACUUCUUGUCUCUGGCUUUUGUUAGUGGGCUCAGAUGCUUUUGAGACAAUAUCCAUAUACUUGCACAAAAUGUGUUCAACCAAAAUGGUAGAGUAGACUGUGUUUGGUGUAUAUGUAUGUGUGCUGUAUGUGGUGUGUUUGUUUUUUGUGUGUGCAUAACACCUGUUUAGUGGAUUUCCUGUGUUGACACAGGGUUACACCAUGCAAGCCUGAGCUUUACUAAUAAAAGAUUUUAAACACACGAAA